UCCAACUUCAGACGGAGUUUAUACAGAAGUGAGGGAUAUUACAGAGGCUAGAAUGAAUCUAGAACACUAUAUUGCUGAAUAUAAUGAAGUAAACAAGAAGGGAAAACUCAAUAUCAUCCUAUUCAACAAACUGGUGGAAUACUGCAUCAAAAUUGCCAGAAUAAUAAAGCUUCCAUAUGGGAAUGGGAUAUUUGUAGCAAAUGCUGGACUUGGUCUUCCAGAAAUCGAUAGAUUAGCUGUUUUCCUCUGAAAUUAUGAUCUGUUUGAAGUCAAGCUCACUCCGAAUUAUACUAUUGAAGAUUGGCACAACGACUUGAAGAUUCUGAUGAACCGAACAGGCAUUGAGGAGAAAAAUACAGUUUUUAUACUGAACUACUCUCAAAUUCUCAAAGAAGACUUCUUGUAUGACCUCGACUCCUUAAUCAACAACGGAGAGAUCCAUGGAAUUUAUAAUAAAGAGGAACAUGAAAACAUUGUGUCAAUGGCUAAGUCGAAAAUCAUUUCUGAUGAAUUGAAGACUCAAAUAAGUGCAUCUUUUGUUCUUUCAGAAUUCUACCAAAAAGUUAAGGAAAACCUUCACAUAAUCUUCGAAAUGAGUCCUACAGGAUCAAACUUAAGAGAAAGGAUCAGGAAGAACAAAGGGAUCAUAAACUGCUCGAAUGUAAUGUGGUUUGAGGAAUGGCCGAAUGCUGGAUAUAAAGCAGUUGCUGAAUAUCACUUCAAAAACUUUCCAAUGUCUGGAUUCAAGGAAGCAAUUAUAGAUAUAAUGAUAACAAUGCAUCAUGAUGCUUCCUUCCUUGCUAAAAUUCCAAAUAUCUUCCCUGAUUUUGUGGAUAAUUACAUGGAAGCUUCCACAGAGAUAAAGUCCAAACUUACCGAAGUGCAGGAAAAGUACGAAAGGGGGCUUGAAAAGAUAAAGAUUGCUAAAGAGUCAGUAGAGAAGUACCAAACUGACCUAGAUGUCAAAAAUCCUAUUUUGAAAGAGAAGAAAAAGGAGAUCGCAGAAAUUUUAGAGGUUUAUAGAGAGCAAGCUGACUACCUUGAAAACCGUAGGAGUUAUUUGAAGCAAGAAGAGAAAGAACUGUUACUAGAAGCCAGCGAAGCUGAAGCCCUCGAGAAGGAAUGCAGAGAGUCGCUUGAUAAAGCAAUUCCUGACAUGGAAGAAGCUAUUGAAGCACUGAAACAGCUGUCUAAGUUAGAACUUAGUGAGCUUAAGACUAUGAGAAAACCUCCUAAAGCUAUUACUUUGUUAAUGACAGCUGUCUGUAUUGUGAUAAACGAAGGCCCAACUAGAGUGAAAAGCAAGGAUGGUCAGCACUAUAUUGAUGAUUAUUGGCCAACAGCAACUGGUAAAAGAGUACUAGGAAAUCCGAAAUUAUUAGAUAUCCUUACCUCAUAUGGACAAAUGGAGGACCAACUCGACCCAGAUUCAAUGGCUAAAGCAGAAGAAGUUCUUCAAAAUCCUGACUUCGAUUACAAAAAUAUUGCAAGAGCAUGAGUUGCUGGAAAGGGUCUCUACACUUGGGUUAUGGCUCUCAGAAAAUUCUACUACAUUUCAGAAGAAAUUAAGCCUAAAAAGGAAGCUUAUAUCAUGGCUCAAAAGCAACAUAGGCUCAAGAAUGAACAAAUGCAAAAGAAGAAAGAAGAGCUACAAGAACUUGAAGAAAACCUUCUUAAUUACAAGAACCAACUUGAAGAUAAAGAGGAUGAAGUUAGAGAACUCGAGAAUGGAAUAAAAUCCUCAAGAGUCAGGAAAGAAAGAGCCCUUGAACUGUUUGAAGGUCUGAGUGGAGAAGAGCAAAAAUGGGUCUAUUUCAAUAGAAUCCUCGCAAAACAAUUUUUCUCAGUACAAGCUGAUGUGCUACUUGGUGCAGGAAUAAUGACAUACCUUAGAAUAUUUGCACAAAAACAAAGAGAUAAGAUGGAAGAGAAAUGGAAAGAACUUAUUAGAAGAUAUAACCUAAAACUUGCUGAUGAUUUCAGGUUUAACUCUGUCUUUGGUGAUCAGAUCACUAUCAGGCAAUGGAUAAAUAAUGGCUUACCACCCGAUAGUUUUUCGAUUCAGAAUGCAAUCAUUCUCGAAAGAUCCAGUAAAUAUUGUAUCAACAUUGAUCCACAGUACCAAGCUCACAAAUGGAUUAUAAAACAGGAAUCUACUAGAGGGCAAGAUGAAUACAAAAUUAAGGUGCUUAACUACAACGAUGGUCAACUUAUCAAGCAACUAGAGUUAGCCCUCAAGCUUGGAAUGCCAUGACUGGUUGAGAAUAUUGGAAAUAAACUAGACCUAAUCCUUCAUCCAAUAUGUAAGAAAGAAUAUAUAACAGAAGGAAAUACAAAUAGUGUUUAUCUGAACGGGCACUUAAUAGAGGUAGACGAGAGUUUUAAGCUUUAUCUAACCUCAGAACUUCGGAAUCCUGAUUUCCCUCCUUACAUCCAGCUUAUGGUCUCUCUGAUUAACUUUGAUGUCACCUUAGAAGGACUUGAAUCUCAAAUGCUCUCUAUUGUGGUUUCAAAAGAGAAAGCGAAGCUAGAAGAAGAUAGAAUACAGCAAUCAAAAGAAGCAGUUCAACUUAUCAAAGAGCUCAAGGAAGUUAACCAGCAGAUUCUUGAUUCCCUCAGUGGAACGGUUGAAGAAAUGCUUGAAGACCAGAAUAUGAUAGACACUCUACAAAAUUCUAGAGAGAAAGCUGAAAUUGUGGCAAAUAAUCUUGAAAAGGUCAAUAAAACGACCCAAAAAAUUGAAAAAGCAAAAGCUUUCUACAACCCUGCUGCUUACCGUGCUGCUAUCAUGUAUUUCUUAGUCAACGAUCUGCAAAAGAUUGAGUACAUUUACCAAUUUUCUCUGAAAUGGUUUAUUAGUAUUUUUGAAGAAGAGCUUGGACCAGAUCGAGACACUAGUUCAAUCAGUGAUCAGGACAGACUUCUUGACAUCACGAGGAACUUCACUAGGAAAUUAUUCUACAAAGUGUCACAAUCGAUCUUUGAGAAGGAUAAGCUCCUAUUCACAUUUAUGCUUGCUUUCAGAAUCCUAGAAGGUGAGAAACUCCUGUACAUGCCUUUGUAUGAAUUCUUUGUCAAAGGACCUCAAGCGGUCAUUGAGAUUAAGCAGAACCAAGGUGACGAGGAAGAUGAGAAUAAUAUUGAUUAAUGGUAUUUAUAAUAUUCAGUUUCAGAA